AUGGCCAAAACCCUCGACUUAUAUGAUUCUGCCAGGACUUCCGCACCUGCGACCAACUUAACCGCAUCUGCACAAUCGCAGGCCGAGAUUUACGCCGUGAUACCCGGUUGGACACGGAUAUCACCGCCAUUCACCAUCCCCCAACAAGUUGUCUCUUCGUCUUCUCAACCGGCCGCUGGUACUGAAGCGGUUGCCCCAAAAGUGGUUGCUAAUGAGUCGGUCGUCGAGCCUCCCUUGACAACGUUCAUUCCUACUGGCUUCUCAAUUGCAGAUGACAUUAAAGUCGAGAAGCCUUCACCCAAACAAGAUAGGGGUGAAGGAGUCUCGAGAAUAGGCCUGCGGUCCAUUUUUGCGACAGCAGAACAGAUGCCAAAAUUUAAUUUGUACGGUGGACAUGGAGAUCCCGUGGCCCAUUUGAGAGGCUACUGUAGUAAGAUGAGAGGUGCCGGUAGAAAGGACAAAUUAUUGAUGGCGUAUUUUAGUCAGAGUCUGAGUGGGGAAUAUCUGGAGUGGUACACCCGCCAGGAUGCUAGCAGGUGGUACACAUGGGAUUAUAUGGCUCAGGCUUUUUCCCGGCAUUUUCUGUACAUUAUAGAAAUUGUCCCAGAUCGCAUGUCCCUCAGCAAGAUGGAAAAGAGGCCUAAUGAAAGCUUUAGGGAAUACGGGCUCAGAUGGAAAGAGCAAGUUGCCUGA